CUAGUUGUUUGAUUUUUGUGUAAUCGGAAGCCCAUUCAUGAGACAGCGCACACACUCAGUAAUGGGGAACGAAGCAGUAAAACAGCUCGCUCAUCAUCAUCGGGAACGGGGAAGUCCAAUAGUAACAGUGAAUGGGAUACGACAUUAUGGGAGGGUCUGGUUGAUAUGCUGGAGACGUCUCCUACCGAGAGCACCGAUGAUUCGACGAGUUCGCGACAUCCGCAUAUCCCGCAGGAUCCGACCAUCGUCAGCCCUGGCAACAAAUCAAUCGCGAAGCUCAUUCAGUUGAUGGACCAGUCGCCCUCCUUCGGUGGACCCGAAGCCAAAUUUCCUCGAAACAUUCUGCCGACCCUACUCCGGAGCCGUUACCGGCAACAUAUAGGCGAAGGUUACCGCGACACCAUCAGCACUGAUUGCUACUCGCCACAUGAACAGAGCAACGACACCGGUCCACACGCAGUCCGUGACCGAACCCCCCGCAAGUGGCUCACAGACAAGCCCAUCCCCAUCAACAGCUGCUGGAUAAACGCAGACAAACAAAGUGACGAAGCUGAACCUCUUACGGGUGACAGCAAUGGAUGGAAUAAUUUCGAUGGUUCCUCAUGUAUACAUACGACUGAUAUGUUCGGAACGGGCGUUACGGAAGCAGAUACCAUUGGGCUUUCGCAGGAUCAUCGAACUGGGCAUGCAUUGGAUCCACACGCCGUGCCUGGGGACGCUGAAGAGACCCAUGAGGCAGUGAUUCAUUCUACACCACCGAAUACAUCACUCUUCGCAGACAUACCCGCUAUUGUCUCUCAGCUUCCCGAUAAUAAACGAACCCAGCAGCUCGCAAGCCCUUCUCGGCGGAGCAGAGUCAAGCGGGUUCAAACGACGACACCCAAACGAGAAGCGGGGCCAUCACACAAACAAACUCAAUCGACUGUCGAAAGCAUUACAAGUCCGUCUAACAUCGGAGGGCAAUGCAACAUUAAGUGGGGAAAAAAACGCCAAACACCGCCGCCCCUGUUAUCCAGCCGCCGCCCCCUUCAGCCACUGAGCAGUGGAUACGGUGGACGACGACAGCUUGGCGUCGGCAAUCGCUUGCAGUCAGUUCGACAUCUACUGCCCCUAUUAAAACAGCGCCCCUCACAUGCGCAUCCCACAAAAUCUUCCUGCCGAGGAAGAAUUGUGUCGCACAGAGAGACAACCAGUCUGAGAGAGCCCCUCUGGAAACGUAUCAAAUACUACGCAAGGACGGCGCCUGCAGACAUUCGUUUUCUAUGUAAUUACACUAAGAACGAGUAAUUCUCAAUUCGAUGUCGCCAGCUUUUAACGUCGGACGUCUCUAAAAUGCGUCACAAACUCUAUCUGUGCUCCCUUUUUGUACGCCUAACACCGUGUUCUGUUGCUAACAGAUGAACAUCACUUCUCGAUAUGAGGUUGAUCAUGAUGAUGUGAAAGCUUGGAUACUGGUAUCUCUUCGCGACAGAUACAUACAGAGGUUUCUCCACUCCUUGAACGACACUACGGAUAUCAAUGGCAAAACUUCCCAUACUCCUCU